AGGUGAGGGGAACGUCCAAGGUAACACGUCUUCGACCUCUUCGUCAGACCCGCCCUCUACACUCAUGCUAUCCGCUCUAGGCAGGAGAGAGGUCACGAUAGUAUUGGCCGUUAUUUUGGCCUCUGUCGUCGCUUGUUUGUUGACGCCCUGUGCGCAGGGUUUCGUGUUGACGACGGGGGCAGCGAGGGGAUUGAAGAGGACGGAGGGGUUGAGAGUAGGCGGCUUGCGCGAAGAGGAGGGACGAAGAAGAAUAAGAGCAGGGGCUUCAUCGGCUCCUCCAUUGGUGAGGUUGCAGCUGCAGUUGGAUCUGGGCCUUGGGGCCGAGGAAGAAGGAGGGGAUUUUUAUAAUCCGGAUGGGAUCAAGGAAGGCGACCUGGUGGAGAUCAUCGCAGACAGCACCUUCUACUCCAUCCCAAAGGCUCCCAAGGAGGGCGUCAACCCCAAAGUUUACUGACCCUUACAAGUUCAUGGGCCACUUUGAGUUUCGGGAGGUGAAGAGAGUGUGAGCGAGGGAGAGGGGGGGGAGGCAGUGCGGUCGUGUGGAGGUGGUGAUGCAGGGGAAGGGAGGGGAAGGACGAUGAGAGAGGAAGCAUGAGAUAGGUCCUGAAUUGACUUCAAAAGUAGAAGGCCGUACCAAGCGCCCAAAUGUGUUAUUAAUUGCAGCAAAGUCGCGCAUGCGAAGGCACCUUUGUGUCGUAAUUGAGGUGUCUGAGCGCGCUUCCCUUUGUUUCUGAGUGGAUGCAGUGCCCUUGAAAGUAUCUGACACCUGCUGCCCCACGCGUCGGCUUGAUAUGGAUAUCAAGGCGGUCUCCGAUGUGAGAAGAAGUUUGUCAACCGUGGAAAGAAAGACGGCACUCUGCGAUACAGAUGCCUCGAGGAUGG